AUGAUCACGAACCAAAUUGCAAUCGGAGAACAAAUGACAAAUGGUGAGAAUGUUGAUAAUGAAGAAGAAAGUUUGCUGAAGAAUGAAAAUAGUGGAGGGGAAGAUGAUGCUAAGAUUAACUACAGGGGGUGGAAGGUCAUGCCCUUCAUUAUAGGAAAUGAGAUUUUUGAGAAGCUAGGAGCCAUUGGCACUUUAUCCAAUCUCUUGGUUUAUCUCACUACGGAGCCUUUUCCUCUGAUGCCUUUUUUGGUCGCUACAAGACAUUGGCAUUCUGCACCAUGGCUUCCUUUCUGGGUUUGCUUUUUAAUCCUAACACAGAUUCUGGGAAAAAGGGGAUCAAUAGCUUCUUCACUUGCUUUGAUGCUUUUGUCUUCUGUAAUAUUUUUCUCGGGGGCCAAAAUGUAUGUGAAAGUUAAACCAAGUGGUAGUCCCAUUACUAGUAUAGUGCAAGUUAUUGUGGUUGCUGCAAAGAAAAGGAAGCACAAGCUCCCAGAAUAUCUAUACCCGUCACUCUUCAAUUAUGUGCCUCCCAAGUCAAUGAAUUCUAAACUUCCUUAUACUUAUCAAUUCAGGUUCCUGGACAAGGCGGCAAUCAUAACCCCACAAGAUCAAAAAAAUCCUAAUGGAUCUGCUGCUGAUCCCUGGAAUCUAUGCAGUAUGCAACAAGUGGAAGAGGUAAAAUGCUUGUUGAGAGUGUUACCCAUAUGGGCUUCAGCCGUUUUGUACUACGUUGUUAUCGUCCAACAGCACACUAUUUUAGUGUUCCAAGCCCUUCUAUCCGACAGACGUAUUGGACAAAGUAAGUUCAUGAUCCCAGGAGCAUCCUACUAUGUCUUUCUGAUGAUAAGUGUUGCAAUUUGGUUGCCCAUUUACGACCGGAAAGUUGUUCCUUUUCUCCAAAGGAUCACUCGAAAAGAGGGUGGCAUCACACUCCUUCAGAGGAUGGGCAUUGGCAUAUUUUUGGGUAUACUCAGCAUGCUAGUAUCAGCCAUAGUUGAAGAGCACCGUAGAACUCUAGCUUUGACUAAACCAUUAGACGUGGAAACGAGAAAAGGGGCAAUCUCAUCAAUGUCAGGUCUGUGGUUGAUUCCUCAGCUCGCAUUGGCUGGACUAGCUGAAGCUUUCAUGUCUGUUGCACAGAUUGAAUUUUACUACAAACAAUUUCCUGAGAACAUGAGAAGCAUAGCAGGGAGUUGGUUGCCGGAGGAUCUAAACAAGGGGAGAUUGGAUAACUUCUAUCUCAUCAUUGCUGCUGUACAGAUUGUUAACUUAGGCUGCUUUGUGAUAUGUGCACAGUGGUAUAGGUACAAAGAAACAGACAACAGCUCAAUCGAACUCGAUAAAGUGACAAAACAAUCCGAAAAAAGUGGUAACGAUUUGAGUCUUUAG